CCCAGCUGCACAUAGGACGGUUUCUUGGAGCUCUUCACCCCUGCAAGCGGUCUUCAACCAGAAGGGAACUCAGGGAACGGCGCGCAGCAACCCAGAGUAUUCUAAAUGGUUGUCUGCAGAUGGACAGAAACAAACCAAGAUAAGAAAUGCUUGCAAAAACUACCAGGAGUAUAGGAUAGAGGGGUACACGGCAUAAAGUUUCUAACAAGGUGCGCUGAGGGGCGAAUAAGGAAGAUCUGCUUGCUCACAUAGAUUUGCUGGUUUCUGGCUGGAAACUUGUUUGUUGAGGAAAACCCCAUAAACUGCAAUUAAACUGAGAAUGUUUGCAAUGAUGCGGGCAAGGCUUCCUAUAAACUUGAGUAAAGACUGCAAGAUAUGUAGAACGCAUUGAAAUAAAAACGAGAAAGACAAGUAGAAUAAGGACCACUUACAAGCUAUGAACAUGAGCACUGUUUUAAUGUAGACCAGAAGAGAUGGAAGCAGCAGGUCUGGAGAAUUUGUACAUAACUAGUGAGACCAUCUGGUUCAUGAACAGCUCCUUGGAGAACUCUAGUCUUGAAAAUAAAACCGGGGGUAGGAAUACCUCUGGCAACCCACUACUGCGCAAUGAAGACGCGGCCAAAGUGGAGGUCGCUGUCCUCUCUGUUAUCCUGUUCUUCGCCUUGACUGGUAACAUUUGUGUUCUCUUGGCCAUCCACACAUCAACCAACAAGCAACCCCGCAUGUACUAUUUCAUGAAACACCUGAGCAUUGCAGAUCUGGUGGUGGCCAUCUUCCAGGUGCUACCACAGCUCAUCUGGGAUAUCACCUUCAGGUUCUAUGCGCCGGACAUUUUGUGCAGACUAGUCAAAUACCUGCAAGUGGUUGGGAUGUUUGCGUCCACCUAUAUGCUCCUUCUAAUGACUAUAGAUCGGUGUCUUGCCAUCUGUCAACCCCUGAGAUCUUUGCACCGCCGUUCAGAUCGCGUGUCUGUCAUUGUCUCAUGGAUCAUAAGUCUACUGUUCAGCAUCCCUCAGAUUCAUAUAUUUUCUUUAAAACAUAUGGGCGCCGGGGUGUAUGACUGCUGGGCAGACUUCAUCCAACCGUGGGGUGUCAAAGCUUACGUGACCUGGAUAACACUAACUGUAUAUAUUAUUCCUGUUGUAAUCCUCACUGUUUGCUAUGGACUCAUUAGCUUUAAGAUUUGGCAAAAUGCUAAGCUGAAGACUAGACGGGAACCCAACAUGGUCAUGGCCACUAAACCUGCUAGGGGAGCUAUGCUGUCCAGAGUCAGCAGUGUGAAACUGAUUUCAAAAGCCAAGAUCCGAACAGUGAAGAUGACUUUUGUUAUAGUGCUGGCUUACAUCGUAUGCUGGACUCCGUUUUUUUCUGUGCAAAUGUUGUCAGCUUGGGACCCAGAUGUUCCACAGGAAGCCCUUGCAUACAUCAUUGCUAUGCUAUUAGCCAGUCUGAACAGCUGCUGCAAUCCCUGGAUCUACAUGUACUUUGCAAGGCAUCUCUUUCACGACCUGGCCCAACAGUUUCUUUGCUGUUCCACACACUACUUGAAGUCAAAGCAGAGAAGUUGUGAGCUCAGUUCCAGCAGGAGAGGCAGCUUAUCAACAUAUGUUUUCAGCCGCAAAAGUUCAAGCAGUCAGAAAAGCAUCACACAGACUUCGUCUACAUGAGGAAGCAUUCUGCAAAUUACCAAAAGACAGUUUUUCUGAAUCCUGCAGUCACUGUCAGAAUGUUUUACUUCGUUCAUCAGCAGUUCACAUGGGACUUAGAAAAAUUAAAUGUUUAACUUCAUGACAGACAAAUUGCAGACUAUCCUGCUUUAAUAUAUAUAUAUAGUAUGAUGUGGAAAUAACUUAAAGAGUGAAUAAUAUGUAUUAUUUUAUUUACUUUAUUCUAUGAUUGGCAUAUUUUUUAGUAUUGCUGACUUACAAAGCUUGGUUUUGUGGUUCCUUUUUAAUUUUGGUACAUUCCAUGUGAAAUCUGGAUGGUCUACUGACAUUCACAUGAGGUUUUAAUGGGUUCUUUGGUUUCCAGUAACUUUCCAAAGAUAUUCUGUCAAAAGAAUAAAGCAUUGCUAAGCUGAUCUGAGAUGUCCUUCAGUAUAACUAUGCCCUGCGAUAGACUGAUAUUUCAGUAAGGGACUGCUUCCCUGCCUUGUACCCAUUUAUUGGCAAUGUAGGUUUGGGCUAUAUGUGACUCUGAACUGUAUGAAGCAGUUACAGAAAAACAAAGGAUGUAUUGUUUCUAAUAGUUUAUUUUAACUAGCACUAAGCCAGCCUGGCAAUUAUUCUCCCACUGUUAGACUGUUUAUUUCAAAAGACUGAAUGGAAAAAUGGCUAAAUUUGUAAUUUUACUGCGCCAGCAUAAAUACUAUAAGGAAACAAAAUGAGUUUUCAACAUGAUUGAAUCAUACCGUUAUUGUCUAAAGCUAUAUUAGCUAUUAUAAUAUAUUCUGGUCCAUUGACAUGCCUAGGCAUUCUUAAUGAAACUACGUCCGAUUUUCAUAACUGGUAGGAAUGUCAGAGUUUUACACUAAAGUAGCUGGUACUUUUUUAACAUUCAUUGAAAAUCACAUAGAGCAGUACUGGAAUAGAAGAAACAGGUAUAAGCAAUCUUUGCAACAACAGCAGAUGCACACACACACACACACACACACACACACACACACACACACACACACACACACACACACACACACACGCACAGACAAUUCCAUUUUUCAGAUGCUGAUAGCUCUCUUGUUGUAUCUUCCCAAUGGUACUUAUGUUUUAACAUUUAAAGGGAUAUUUUAUGUAAUAUACAUUUGUAUUGCAAUUUUCUCUCAGAUAAUAUUGUGCUACUAUGUUUUGCCAACUAGACACAAGAUCUGUUUUAAGUAGUAACAUUUGUGGUUCAUUCCAUUAAAUGGUGAGCUCAAAGUAGAUGUUUGCAAGUAGAUGAUAUGGACAACAAACUCAGGUCAAAGGAUAUUAUUUAUUUAUGUUUUUUUAGUUGGUGGAACAGAAGUGCUGUACACUGGUUUAAACAAGAAGACCAGCUGUACAAUAUUAAGUAAAUGAACCAAGUUAAACAAUGUCAUGAUCUACCCAUUGUCAUCUGCAGUCAUCAUCUUACUGGUUAUCUAAGCAUAAUGCUAUUUAAUACAGAGCAUUAUCACUACUUCUGCUGCUCUGUCUAGUCCAGAAAAAGAGGUGCAGCAUCUUUAUUUGGACAGGUUACAUCCUGUCAAUAAGUUCACUGAGUCAUUUAUGUUUCUUAAGGUCGGGUGGCACGAUGCCAGGGUAAUCCUAUGGGCUAGGCUUGUAAAGGCUCCAGGGCCAUUAGCCUAGAACACACCUAUGAACCUAUAUUGUGCAAUGCUUCUGAGAAUGUAUUUCACAUCAAAUACCAAUGGUCCAAAAGUGACUAGACUGUAUAUUUAAUGUUCACCUUAGGAUUAUUUGUUAAUAGAUUAUAACAAAGACAAUCCACAAAUAACUUUAUCAGUUCAGUCUUUACACUUUUUACUCCUGGACUGCAGUACUAUCACUGUUAUAAGAGGUCUCAGAAAAAAAAAAAUAGAAAAUGCAGUGUAUCAGUGUAGUUACAAAUGUGGUAUAGAGAAGCGUAAUUUACAUUCCUGUUGAAGAUGCUCUGAAAUGUUGCUGUGUACAGCUUUUUCACUUAUAUUAUUAGAAACCCAUUUUGUACUUAGAAGUAAUAUUUGUAAUAUUUCCUUAAGGUCAUACAGUGUGGUGGCUGUGUGUCUGAUUCAGAUUCAGAUUGAUGUGCAGCAGGCAGUUUAUUGUAAGCUGUUUGUCUUUUGAUAUUCACGCAGAUGUGCAUCUGUGUGUAGCGAUGCACACACACACACACACACACACACACACACACACACACACACACACACACACACACACACACACACACAUAUUUUCUUUGCCUACCCCUCAUCAACCUCACAAUGUAGCUCUCCUGGCCCUCAGCUAACCCAUCUGAUCUAAUGGUUCUCUUUCUCUCUGGUAUAGCAGGAUACAUAAUAUUUAUUCUACAUAGUGGGGGUGAGAGCUGUUUACCAGUUCAUCAUAAUGUAUGACCCUUGUAGAAUUUUGAACUAUAGACCUGACAUCUUUGUCUGACAUGUGUUUGCACAUUAUGCUAUGCACCAACCACAUAUAUAGUUGCAUGCCUGACCUGCCUAGUGCCAUGUCAUACCGUUAGGGUACCCUUUAGUUCUAGGACCCUGCUUUUCUGGCCUCUGACAGAAAACAAUUCCUGUGGGGUGGUCCAUUUAAUCUGUAUCUCCUUCAGAUGACUGAGAUGGCAUUAGCUGUGAGACUCUUUGUGGUCAAUGCCUACCAAAACAGCAAUUUCUCAAGCCCAGGUUGCUUGUGUCAGAAUCAGGAGUCAUUUCCUAUUUAUUAUAAAUCAGUAUGAAAUCCAAUUGAAUUUAUCCUGUCAGUGUGUGCAUGAAUCAGGCUGAUGAACAUUCAGUGUACCUCAUUAUUUACAAAAAUACAUUUUAUCUUGUAAAGAAUUGCAGAAACCAGGCAGGCAUUAAUUAAUAUGUCAGACAUGCUGUGCACAGCACCGUUUAAUAGAAAGCAAACUAUCCUGGCAUUUCUCUUGCCUACAGUAACAUUAUUUUUUUUUCCUGUCAGACCUCUUGAUGCAGAGAAUUAAAAAUUAUUUAAAAUGUCCUGUUCUGUGUAGCUAAAGAAAUGUUUUGUUCCUUUUGCUUAGCUAGAAAACUCCCAACCUGGCAAAACUACAUGUGAUAUGUGGAACAGUCUCUUGUCUAGAGCAAUGAAAUAUGUUAUUUUUUAAUUGUUUUCAAACCCGUGACCACAUGAUUUAUAGCAUCACAUCUUGCCAAAAUCCAUCAUCAGUUCUAUUAGACAAAUGUCUCAUGUCACAGUGAAAAAGUUCAACACACACACACACACACACACACACACAC